AUGCCGAAUAGUGUUGCAGAGAUUGAUAACCCAAAUUAUGAUUUCCUCUAUGCACACAACAACCAGAUUAAUUAUUUGGAGAUUCUACAAUAUCCUUCUCAGCCUAUUCGAAGAUUUCAGGGUGAAUUGAAAGAUGAUAGAUCUUUAGAAGACUGGCUCGCAAAGGAUCUAGCCGUCGAUGGUAAUCAACCUGAAAGUGGUAUUCGUAUUCUUGCUGGAAAAGGUUGGAGUAACGCAGAUGCUGUAUUACCCGACGAUUGGAAAGUAACUUUACCUUUCACCAAAACUUCCUAUUCUAAGAUAUUAUCUGCUUCGUCUUUCAAUAUUCCAAGCAACUUUCUUCAAAUCCACCGUAGUGGGAUCACUCGAUCUUUCAAAACUACUUCUACAAGCUCUCAAAACGAAUUACUAACAACCCUCACGUUUAAACUCGGAUCUGCUAUCAAUAACUGGGACCUCCUUACUUUGAGUAAAAGCUCUAGUACUCGCAUAACCACUGGCCUCUUUAUCGCACACGAGGACAUAGAUAUCGUUCCUUUACCAUUCAACGUCGAUUCCUAUCUGGGAGUUAGUCAGCCAUGGUGUAUCGCUAGGCUAUUCAUACGUCAUAAAUUAAAGCAAUUAGAUGACAGAAUCAACAAUACGGAAGUUGAUAUCAACGCAAUUGAAAGUGUUACCGGUCAGCACAAUAGAUGGGUUGAUACCGACAAAAUACAAAAUUCUAACAAUCAAGAUGAUGAAAACGAUGUUUCCUCAAUAGAUCCGUUACACAUAGACUUCAUAGGUACGACUACUGACUUGAGUAAAGCAGAGUAUAGUAUGGCUGGACUUUCAGUUUGUAUCAAAGGAGCAUUGUUUGCAACAAAGGUGUUAGAUGGACUGGACCAGGAAGGGAAGCAGACAAUUGGAGAAUUGAGGGAUCAUUGCGAGCAUAUGCUUUUAAAGAUGGAGUAUCUACAGAUGAGAAGGGAUGCUUUACUUUCUGUCAUUCAACAAUUCCAAGCAGAAGCCUCUGCUCGCCGUGCCAUAUUCUUGACGGAAGCUUCAACCGACCUGGCAAAAGCGAGUAGGAAGGAUAGCGAGGUCAUGAAAAUCAUUGCUAUAGACACAAAACGAGACUCAAAAGCCAUGAAAACGAUCGCUAUUCUAGGAAUGGUUUUCUUACCGGGAACUUUCAUCGCAUCAGUCUUUGCAAUGCCAGUGUUCACUUGGACACCUGACGGCUCCAUGAUAAUACAAAAAGGCUUUGGGUAUUACUGGGCUGUCACAGUUCCGUUAACAUUGAUAAUAUUGGUGGCCUGGGCUGUAAGCAUGGUAAUCCCACAUCGCCAUAAAGGGGUGUUGAGCGAUGAGAUUGAAGUGGAGAGUCUUCGCCCCGUACCAAUCAACAAAAGACCGACAUAUAAUAUACUUAGACCUUCAAAUUCAAUGAGUCGGAGUCGGACAUUUUCAAUUGACGGCGCAAGAUCACAAAUUUCCUUACGCCCUAGUCAAAGAUCCUCGAAUCACAGAGCCAGAAGUUCUACCCGGAUUUUGAAGAAUUCUGCGAGCAAUUGA